AUGGCCGAUAUUGCCGGGGUUUCAGUAGAUGCGUCUGCGGUCAUACAACAGGGAAAAGAUCUAGCUGUAGCUAAGAUCUCUCUCCCGCGACUACAAGACCACCAAGUCUACGUUCGAGUGGACUUUGCUGCCUUUAACCCAACUGAUCGACUCGGGUUUGAUCUUCAAGCCUUUGGAGAUGGUGCAGUACUAGGGUGCGACUUUGUUGGUACAGUGACGCAUACUCAUCAAAGUGUCAAUACACUAGAGGGGAAAUCAAAAGUCUUGGAGCAUAUUCGUGAGCAGCGGCAUUCCAUUUGGCCCUUCAAGCAGGAUUCUGACAACUUUAGAACAUACUGUAUUGCCGAUGAGCGCAUUUCUUUCAAAUUGCCUGCCACUGUCGAAUCUCGAGAGGCGUGUGCCAUCCCGCUUGCAAUCAAUACUGCAUAUCUCGCGCUUUUCUCAGAGGCCUCUCUGAACCUCCAAAAAGAAGCUCCCAGUAAUGAUUGCCAUAUUCUAAUAUGGGGAGGAAGUUCUGUUGUCGGAUAUUUUGCAAUCCAACUGGCCAGAUUACACGGCUACGUUGUAACAACUACCUGCAGUGCUCAAAACAUUGAGUAUCUAAAGAAGGCUGGAGCAACUCAUGUGUUUGACUACAAUGACCCUGACGUGGUAGCUAAGAUCCGGAGCCUGCCUCCAUCUUUUGGCCAUGCUUUCGACACUAUUGGUUCGAUCGACUCCUCCUCAAACGCAGCCGCUGCCUUGAAUGAGGAUGGCGUGUUUUGCACAGGGUGCGGUCCAUUGGCCGGUGAUAUGGGAUAA